AUGUCUCAGCAAUGUACUCUGCCGGUGACCUUGCCCCCUGCCCCCAGUAAGGAGCCCCUCAAGCCUGUUUCUCCUCCCACCAACAUCCAGCAGGAGCAAGUGAAGCAGCCAACUCCACUGCCUGCCCCAUUCCAGAAGGUACCCUCGGAGAUCCCAGAGAAGGAUCCCAUGGAGCUCGGGAAGAAACACACAACUCCUGUGAAGGAGGUGCCCAAGAAAGAGUGUGAGCCACGGCAACAGGAGCCACAGCAGCAGGAACAGAAGCAGCAGCAGCAGCAGCAGCAGCAGCAAAAGUCAGAGGAGCAAGGAAAGCAUGUGGAACAGCAGCAGCAGCAGAAAGAGUCAAAGGAGCAAGGAAAGCCUGUAGAACAGCAGCAGCAGCAGAAAGUGUCACAGGAGAAAGGAAAGCCUGUGGAACAGCAGCAGCAGCAGAAAGAGUCACAGGAGAAAGUAAAGCCUGUGGAACAGCAACAGCAGCAGCAGAAAGAGCCACAGGAGAAAGGAAAGCCUGUGGAACAGCAGCAGCAGCAGAAAGAGUCACAGGAGAAAGGAAAGCCUGUGAUACAGCAGCAGCAGCAGAAAGAGCCACAGGAGAAAGGAAAGCCUGUGAUACAGCAGCAGCAGCAGCAGAAAGAGUCUCAGGAGAAAGUAAAGCCUGUGGAACAGCAGCAGCAGCAGCAGAAAGAGUCACAGGAGAAAGGAAAGCCUGUGGAACAGCAGCAGCAGCAGAAAGAGUCCCAGGAGCAAGGAAAGCCUGUGGAACAGCAGCAGCAGCAGCAGAAAGAGUCACAGGAGAAAGGAAAGCCUGUGAUACAGCAGCAGCAGCAGCAGAAAGCGUCACAGGAGCAAGGAAAGCCUGUGGAACAGCAGCAGCAGCAGCAGCAGAAAGCGUCACAGGAGCAAGGAAAGCCUGUGGAACAGCAUCAGCAGCAGCAGAAAGAGUCACAGGAGCAAGGAAAGCCUGUGGAACAGCAGCAGCAGCAGCAGAAAGUGUCACAGGAGCAAGGAAAGCAUGUGGAACAGCUGAAACAGGAGAAGAAGGUCUUGGGCCAGCGGCUGGAUCAAGAGCUAGCAAAGAAAGAUGAGCAACUGGAAAAGAAAGGGGAGCAGCAGCUGAAGCAGUAG